CCACACCAAAAAUAGCACACCGUUUCCUUGAGUCGACUGGUGUCAUUGUUUCGUGCUCACGUGGGCGUGCGCUACACUGGGCAGACUCAAAUUACAUAAAUUGCAUUCUGGGUUUUUACUCUUCACCACCAUGAUAAAUUUAAUGGAUCGGCGUAUCCCUCUCAGCGCCAGGCCGCUUGAUCUUGUUUACUUUACUUUCUUUCUGUGCCACAUUCCAGCGUCUCUCCUGAUGGAUUUCCAAGGACUGCUGUAUCCCAACACAUAUCUUCCCUGGAUACCGGAAUGGUAUACUAAAUUCUCCGGAGAUCCUCUGAUAGGCGGCCUGAUUAGAAGCGAAGAGGGGCUGGUCUGGUUCAAAGGUUUCUUGGUACUCGAACUGUUGUUCCAGUUUCCAGUAUUCCUACUGGGCAUGAGAGGGCUGUGGAAAGGAUCUCGUUCGAUAUACGUUCUCAUCUUGUUUUAUGGGGCUUCGACUGCCACGACGACCCUCCCUUGUAUCCUCCAUGUUAUUGGCUCCGAUGCGAUCACUGCGAGUCAAAUGUGGAUACUGCUUUCGAGUUACAUCCCCUUCCUUUUGCUUCCACUGGGGAUGGGUGUAGAUAUGGCAUUCCGGAUAUACAACAUAAUAGAAGGUUCGGCGGAUGAGGCACUGAAGAAGAGGGAAUAGCCUUUUAGCUUUACGAGCCGGCAGAUGUCCGUAUGAUCAUCCGAACUCCUGGGAUAUCGUCCUAGACAGUGUACAUCAAAUAGAGCCCAAGUCAGCGGUACAAUAAUAUUUCAGUGAUAAUACACUGAUAUAAGCAAUAAACCAACGUUGAAAU